UUUUAUAAAACUAAAAGAGAAUAUGAGAGUGAAAGCAAGUGAUGCUUUUCAACAUAUGAGUGAGAGUAUACGAAACCCUAACAAUUGCCUUUGUUCAUCUCCACACGACGAGGCCAUUGUUGUUGAUCUAGUUUUCUAUUUCUAAUAUGAGGGUUUGUCGUCACGAUUCAUCUUUGCACUACUGUAAGUGACGUUGUUAUUGCUACCUGCGAUUGAGCUUCUGUGAUCUGUUUCUUCAACUUCGAUCUGAAGUUUGCCACCGCCACAAGUGGUGCCGUUGUUGCUGGCCUCCAAUUGUGCUUCUAUGAUUUGGUUUUGCUAUUUUGUGAAUUAUUCCUUACUAAUUUAAUCUACUUCAUCUUUUAAUUUUUCCUUCUUCUUCAUACUUUUAGAUGUAGUUCAUGCUCUAAUAAGAAGAAACAGAGAAUGCCUGUUCUUUUUCUUUGUUGUGUAUUUUUACUUUGAUUGAUCUUCUGCGUUAUUGUUCUUGUUGACGAGGUGCUAGAGGUGGUGGAAUUUUACCACACGUUCAUGAUAGAACUGUCUCGACGCGAAUGCAGCUCCAACGGAAUCAUAGAGGCACUGCCACCUCUAGCAAAUGCACGUGACAUGAUCGAUGAGAUCGAGAACCGCUCAUCUUACUUGCUCGUGGCCUUAGAAUCUGGCCAGCUAAGUCCAGGUGGAAUAAUUACUGAAGGGAGUGCUAGUAGAACUGCCAUUAGCAUUGCCACGGUUGCUCUUGCAUUCGCAUUCAAAUCCCACAUUAUUAUACCCAACGAUGCCGCCAUUGAGAAGGGAGAAGACAUUAGAAAAAGAGGUCAAGAAAAUAAUUGAUAGACAGGGAUCUGCAGUUAAGUCAAUUGCAAAAGAUUCAGAUUCAUUUAAUGAGGCAUUGAAAAGUGUUAAAGAAGCUGUGACAAGACUCCAAAAGUUGCUUCAAGAGUUACAUGUAUCAAGCUCUAUUUUUGGAAAAGAGCAUAUAAAAGCAGAUGCUUUAAAGAUAUUUUGGCAGAAGAUAUUUUGAAAUUGGGCAGCCAGAAAGGAAGAAACAAGAUCAUAAUAUUAUGUUAUUUUUCUUACUUUCAAGGUAUUAUCCAAGCUAGUUACCUUGUUUUAUGUAUGAGAUGUAUGUGACACUGUUAAAAAUUGGAGCCAAUCUAAGUGAAGACAUUUAGAAUUAAAAAAUCAUGUUAUAUUUUA